GGGAGGGGGCCUUCCUCCUCUCCACCCGACAGGGUUUAUAAGUCGCCGUGAUGGCUACAGAGCUCAUCAGUUCGCCACAGAGAAGAUCAGACGUAGCUGCUGCGCACACACUCAACAUGAAAGUUUUAGUGCUCGUCGCGGCUGUAGCCGUGCUGGUGCGGGCCCGCCCGGAAGCUGGGUACCAAUACUCGGCGCCGUCGAACACCGGAACAAGCUCUUUCGGUGCCGGUGGAUCAGGCGGAGACAUCGGACUAUCUUCGCUCUCUGGCGGUGGAUUUACCGGUAGCAUUAGCUCAGGAGCUUCAUUUGGCGGCGGCUCCCUCGUCCAGAAGCAUAUUUACGUACAUGUGCCGCCCCCAGAACCGGAGGAGCACAUAAAUCGGCCUCUGCCCCAGUUCCGACCAGCGCAGAAGCACUACAAGAUCGUGUUCAUCAAGGCCCCCACGCCUCCCACACCUACCGCUGCCAACAUCCAGCUGCCUGGUCAGGACGAGCAGAAGACCCUUAUCUACGUUCUGGUCAAGAAGCCCGACGAAGCAGAGGAACUGAACAUACAGCAGCCUGCCCCGACGCAACCCUCCAAACCCGAGGUCUACUUCAUCAAGUACAAGACGCAGAAACAGAUUACCUCUGGAGGGGCUACCGGCGGUGGUGUUGGGGUUGGCGGUACUGGCGGUGUAAUUGGCGGUAUCGGCGGUGGUGUUGGGGUUGGCGGUACUGGCGGUGUAAUUGGCGGUAUCGGCGGUGGUGUUGGGGUUGGCGGUACUGGCGGUGUAAUUGGCGGUAUCAGCGGUGGUGUUGGGGUUGGUGGUACUGGCAGUGCAGGAGUGUCUUCCAACUACGGCCCACCAGGAGCCAGUGGCCCGUACUAGUUUCGACUGUUGUCUGUCAACUGCUGAUAACCAUCGUCAUUGUAAAUGUUCGACCAGCACAAACCAUUCACAUGCAACGAUCAGCAGUUUGAAACAAAUUAUCGUAAUCGUCGUAUCUCGGGUGACAUCACUCAGCUAGCUGUUCGACUGUCAGUUCAACAAGCCUCAGCCCAGAACGAAGAUGCACCGGAUGCUAAUUUAAAUGCAAUGACUAUUAACUGAAAUCAUGGAAAACGUGCCAUUUGAGCUGUUGAUGGCGCACAGCUGAAAGACAGUUUGCAAGAAAUCCUCGUAUUAUUUAGGGACUACGUACAACAUCGAUUUACAGGGUAUACAAGUGAAACGCACGGAUGCCGAUGUUCAUCUGUUUACUUGUUGUUUGAUUCGAUUAGUUUUAAGUAUCGAUAUAUGUUCACUGCUCAAUGCUUGGGUUACGUCCUUUUUGUAUUUUUGUAUAUGUACAUAUUUUUGCAAGAAAACGGUGGCAAUAAAUGUGUUCAAAAAACGUU